GUCAGUGAUAAGAGAGUGUCCAGACUUCACGGGCUGCUGCAGAACCUGAGCGGUCGGCUGCAGAUCAAACCUGUGAGUUCCUCUCUUCUUCAAAGGAAAAGAACUGAAACCAUCAUCACUCGUUCAUUCCAUCAGGGACAUUCAGUCCUUUAAGGUCACGUGGACAUGAUCAGUGACCGACGGCUCCCUAAAGAGAAGUGUCUAGAUCGCCCCCUGGUGUCCAACACGAUCUGAGAUCCACACCCUCUUCAUAAAGAGUGGCUCCAGGUUCAGAUGCACAUGAACCCGUGCUUCAUUCAGUCGUCCCUCACUGACGACCCUCGACCUCUGAGGAGAGGGUCCUGGUCCCCCCUUCAGGACGGAGACGUGUUGUCCCUGCUGCCGGGACAGUUCAUCUACCAGGUGCUGGCUGUGGGCGCAGGAGAGCACACCCCCAGAAACAGUCAGACGUUUGAAGAAGAAGAAAAAGAAGAGGAGGAACGUCCCACUUCUCCUGAGCCAGAGGUGGAGCCGGCUCGUCCAAUCAGACUCGACCGUGGACAGACUCCGCCUCACGAGGAGCCAACGUCGGCAGUACUGUCCAAUGAGGAGGAGGAGGAGGAAGAGGAGGAAGAGGAGGGUCCCAGACGUUUACAUCAGGAAGACUCCACGCUUCCAAAGGAAGAGGAGGAUGAUGGCCGGGCUGUGUCUGUGAUGAAGAAGAGAGUUUUACCUGCGUGGAUGACGGCAGCUGUCGCUCCCAUUUCGUCCUCCAGUCCCAAAGUUCAGUCGUUCGUUAAGAGAAGUAAAACACCCAAAUUGACCACGCCCACUGUAACCCACUCACCAGAGGAGGCGGGGCUUAGUGAGGAGGGGGAGGAGCAUCCUAGGAAGAGGAGGAGGAAGGAUGAUGUCACAGCCCGUCAUCAUGGCUCCAGCAGACCUGAGACAAGCAGCGAGUCCCACAGCCUCGCCAUGGAGAUGGGAGAGGAGGGAGAAGCAGGAGAGACAUCCAGGGCGAUCAACACCGCCGCCAUGACACCAGACCCUGACGAGACCGAAUCCAAGGAGGACGACAGGAAGUCGAAAGACGAGCGACAGGGGACUCAACCAUCCUCGUCUGUCUCUGCUCGGCUGCGACCGCCGUGUCCAUACGGGAAGGACUGCUACAGGAAGAACCCGGUUCAUUUCCAGGAGACCAGUCACCCCGGGGACAGUGACUUCGAGGAGGAGGAGGAGGAGGAGGAGGAGGAGGAGGACCGACCCGAGUGUCCCUACGGCACAGGCUGCUACAGGAAGAAUCCUCUUCACAGGAAAGAAUACAAACACACAAAGAGAGCAGCUCGAUCACAAACUGUCCCCAGGAAGAGCCCAGACGAAGACGAAGACGAAGACGAGUACGACGACAGCUUCAUCGACGACGACAGCGAGGACGUGGGCCAGGACUCAGACUACGUCCCUCCGGACUCGGAGGACAGCAGCAAGGAGGACGUGGACAGACUGCAGAAAGAAGCUCAGGGGUUCCUGAAGAGGAGGAAGUAGAGCCCAGCUUCCUCCAGUGUUUGUCUUUGUGUCCUUUUUCAGGUGGGAGACUUUUAACGUGACGUCAUGAUGUAACAACACGAGGUGGGAGUGUAACUGACAGCAUGUGACUGAUGAGAACCAAUCAGGAAGAGGACGUGUCAUCGUUUACUAAAGUCUCAGUUUCUGUUCAGACUCAAACCCAGAGUAAAAUAAAACCAGAUUAGUUUCCAGUCUCUGAUUCAGAGACACUGAGGUGCUGCCGCUCGUCUGUCUUCAGAGACGUCUCUUGAGCUGCUGAGAGAAAACGUCUCCAUCGUCCUCCUGGUUUAAUACACGUCAGGAACAUGAGGAGUCAGCACCUCAGUGUCGACUCCAUGUUUGUUCACAUCCUCUCAAGACAUUUCUGACCUUCAGGUCGCGCCCUCUCAUCAUGGCAACCGAAGCACAACAACUGGUUGUGAUGAUCCGGUUGAAGGAGACACACUCACACACGGGUCAGGUGGAAGGAACCACUUGAAAUUGUCCAGUCCAGUUACGCUGCUGUGAUGAACUGAAACUGAGUUAAACUGUAAAUAAAGAUGGACGACAGCAAAACUCUCACAUCAUCUCAAUCGCCCCAAGGGAGAAGGUAAUCGAUUACUCCUCUGUGGGCCCAACAGGGGAGUAAUCGAUUACUCCUCUGUGGGCCCAACAGGGGAGUGUCCACACUCUUCUGGCCACGUGUUGUAUGCAGGAGUCACCCUGACCUUACCAACCUGAGGUCACUGUAGGUGACCUCAGGUUUCAGACCAACACACUGAUUCUGUCUCCUCAGAAUCGUCCUCACAUGUAAUAAUAUAUAUUGUAUAUGUAAUAUUCACAUGCCACGCCUCCGUCCUCAAACCGUUUCUUUGGUUUCACGUCUGAAAGAGAUUCCAGACGUGAACAUGCAGCUGUGCUCUCACUGGAGACGAGUAUCCUACCUUCAACUGUUUGAUUCUUAUGAUCAGCUGAUACGUUCAGGUGACUCGACCAAUCACAGUUAGUCUCAGCUCUCGAUCAUAAUGUAUAAGUGAUAUCUCUAAAUAUUUUAUUAUCAUUUGCAGUUAACGUCAUCAGUUUAUAAUAAAGGACUGGACAGAAACAUGGAGGCAGUUCAUUCUGUCUCCACGUGGUUUAAUAUCAAGACACUUUUUAUAUCUUAAUAACUGAUUCAAACCAAACUGAUCAGAAACACUGGAACAAACAUCAACCUCGUCCAGUUAGAUGAUUUUCUUUGGUCCAUGUCCCAUCUGCUAACGUGGAGGAGUUUAUGAUCCAUGACGAGUCUGAACGAUGGCGUCCAGAACUGAUCCUCGGAGCAAUGCACUCUGGGAAGUCUUUAUCUUGUACUUUGAUCUUUUUUAAAUAAAGCAGUUUUUUCCAUGA